CACAAUACACACGCACACACACACGCGCUAACAAAGAAAAGCUGUGCUGCUUUCUUUCAUAAACUAAAACAUAUCUCAGCGCCAGGCACCCUCUCUCACGGAUGAUUAUAUUGAAUUGAAUUCUUCUCCACAAGCCUGCUGCAGAGGCGUGUCCAGGAGGGGGCCGGGGGUCCUCUCCAUGGUGCUGUGCGGCGAGGGCGACUGCGGCGUUUGCCUGCUGGCCUUCUCCCGGACCGAGCGCGUCCCUCGGCUGCUGCACUGCCGCCACACCUUCUGCCAGGCCUGCCUGGAGUCCAUGGCGGCGCCUCUGUCGGCCGGGGGCGUCGGGUCACCGCUGAGCGUGCGCUGCCCGCUGUGUCGCCGCGUCACGUGCCUGGGGCGGGGGCUCGGCCCGCGGGAGGCGCUGCGGGUGGACGGCGAGCGCUGGGAGCGCAUCCCGAGCGACCGGGAAGAUCAAGACCGAGUGGAGGCCUCGCCUCGAGCGGAACGCAAUUCCUCCAGGAACAAGCUCAAGUUCCGCUCCUUCUUCCGCAAGUUUACGCUGACCAAGAGACCCCGAGAGAGGAUCGUGACCACCAGCAACGUGGAGAUGAAAUCCUGGCGCAGGCUCUCCAGCCAAGAGACGUUAUGAACCCCCACCGACGACAUUUCUUCUGAGCUUGUUUCUCCCAGCUGCUGCUCGGGGAUUUAGUCCGACUGGGACUAAUAAUACACACCGGGACCACCUCCAGAACAGAUGGCCUCCCCCAUUGUUGAAGGAACACUAAAUAAACAUCUUUUUCCAUUAAUGACGCCAAAGUAGCAGUAGAGAGUAUUUACUUUUGUUCGAUCUGUUCUGGUAGAAUUAAACGCAGCGUUACAGGACAGGAACUGCGUUUAAGACAUCAGACCUCCGUCGAUCUGUGAAUUCCCUGAACACUAAAUAAAUGAUCCUUUUUGCUGCGAAAGCCACAAACGCCCCGUUUAUGACGACCAAGGGAGUUUUGACAGUACUGAAUCGUGCGUUUUGCCCGUACCAUACGAUGACGCGUUUGAGGAAUGUCGCCGCUUCACGGCAAAGUGCCGACGUCACACGACAGAAGCGUGCGACAAAAGACCCGCUGAAGCAUGAAAGGGGAUUAUGACGAGCUUUCAUCCAGCAGCUGGCGACGAGUCGGCCUCGGGAGGAUAUGAAAAUACCAGAUUGUCACUUUCUUUAAAAUGCAGACAAACAAGCACGAGAUUAAAAAGACUGCCUGGAGAAUCAAGUCUCGGUUUUUUGGGUCACAGUUGACGAUGCAAAUUUGGGCCACGCGAGUUUCCCGGCGGGGACAGCGCGAGAAAUCCGUUUAUUGGCAAUCCGGUUUGGCGUGGACUUGUUGGAACAAGUCGGACCGUCAGCCUGCGAAAUUCACACUGAGUAACUGUGACAGUUUGGCUUAAAAGGUUUUUUGUGUCAACUGACGCUAACGAAUUUGGUUUCGACUACGAUCGGCGCCAAAGUCAGGGCCAAGAUUUGGAUUCUGGACAGAGGGUUGGACUCUGGACAAAGACGUGGUUAGAAGUCGAGACCAAGAAAAAAAACUCGACUCCAGACCAAAGUCAGGGACAAAUGAUCUAGAUAAAAUCUGUUCCCAAGCGUGGACAAGUCUGGUUGAAUAUCUAGAAUAAAGUCGGGACCGGGAUCGGGACCAAAGUUCUAGUUCAGGUCUGCCUGAAUGAGCACAGAGUCGUGUGAUGUUUGGCAAUAAGACAUGUUUAAUAGAGACAUGCUCUGUACAGUUAGUGCGAGGAGAGCCGUGGUCCCGCCCCCUCGGUCGGUGCGCAAGCAGCACUACAAUGCACACAAACGUUGACAUAUGGACACCGGGGUUCCGAGUCACCAGCAAUAAAUACAAAGAACCAUCUGCAGAAUCAAACAAUUAUAAUAAAUGAAAGUGCUCAUCCAACAGUAAGGCUGUGUUGUGUCUUACAUUCCUGUUGUAAAAGAAGGAAUAUGAAAUGAUAAGCAGCAAAGUGUCCGAAGGGUCCAGUGUCGAGGGGUCGCCCCCUGUCUUUCAAGUUUUAAAUUGAUAAAAACCUUUUAAAAUAAAAUUCAAACAUUCCAUUUUAAAACAUUUUGCUCCCCCCCACCACAAAAAACAACAAAAAAUAUACAGCGGAACAUCUAAGAUAGUAAAUUCUGGACCCUAAGACUGGACAAAAGUCUGAAUAGGAUCCGCUUAAGAGUCUGAACCGAGAAUUGGAGCAAUGUCAAGAUCUGGACCAAAGGUUCGACCAAGGUGUGGACAAAAGUCUUGCAAAAUGUCUGAAUCAAGAUCUGCUUAAAGGUCUGGACCGAGAUAUUGCUCAAAAGGUUCUACCUAGAUCAGGACCAUAACAUGGAGCAACAUCUGAAGUGAUGCUCAGACAGAAAUCUGGACCAAA